AUUUACAAAAAAAAAAACAACAAACAAAAUUAAAUUGUUGAUCUCACCCAGACCAUUAACAAAUAUCGGCGACUUAACACAUACAUUUCGGCAUGUCCAAGCGUAAAUGUGCUUUUAAAUUUACCGUAGCUCUUACAGAUGAGCAGCUGCUAAAGACUUUGGCCGACACAAUAAAAAGUUGCGCGCAACAGGCGAAAACCAAUGGAAAUACAUUUCGCAUUGGUCUCUCAGGUGGAUCACUGGUGCAGCUUUUAACCAAUGCACUCGUCUCCCAUAAAUUUGACACUUCAAGUUGGGUGUUUUUCUUCUGUGAUGAGCGCUAUGUUGCACCUGAUCAUAAUGACUCAACUUACUGGGCUUACAAAUCUCAUCUGAUGAAAAAAGUGCCUAGCAUUGUAGACGGUCAAUUUUUGAAGGUCAACACCAGUUUGCCCUUGGAUGCCUGCGCCAGUGACUAUGAAUCACGUGUGCAAUCGGAGUUUGGCUGUUGUAAGCCAGAGUUUGACUUGCUUUUAUUGGGCAUGGGACCAGAUGGGCAUACAUGCUCCUUAUUUCCAGAACAGCCGGCUUCUCUGACUGAGACAAAGCGACUGGUCAUGCCCAUACGCAAUUCACCUAAGCCUCCACCGGAACGCGUAACAUUUACUUUACCCCUAAUUAAUAAUGCCAAAAAUGUUGUCUUCGUGGUAACAGGAGACAGUAAAAUGGAAGUGGUUAAGAGCGUUUUUUUGGACAUUGACAAACGGUAUCCUGCUGCUUGGGUGGAACCAACAAAGGGCAAGCUGACAUUGAUAACGGACAUAGGCGCUGGACAGGCGCUUACGGAAGAAGCUGAAUAGUGGUCUCAAAAUUUGCAUUAAAUUUGUGGUCAAUAAAAGUACUUUUUAAUUUGUU